AGCUAAGAUGGUCAUCGUUGGUCUAACUGGUGGCAUUGCCACAGGAAAGAGUUCUGUUUCUGAAAUGCUCCAAAAACGCGGGCUACAUAUCGUGGAUGCAGAUCUGAUAGCUAGGAAAGUUGUGCAGCCUGGACACUCGGCCUAUGUGAGAUUACGAAAGGAAUUUGGUUCGGAAUUUUUUGAUCCCAACACUGGUUUACUUGAUCGUACGAAGCUCGGUGAUGUCGUAUUUAAAGAUGCAGAAAAACGUCGUAAGCUUAACAGCGUACUUCAUCCUGCUAUCCGAUGGGAAAUGUUUCUACAGAUCAUGAAGUAUAUUCUUUUUGGAACUCAUACAAUUGUGCUGGACACACCGCUUCUUAUUGAAUCAGGAUAUCAGAAAAUUUUGGGGACGAUUAUUGUUGUAUGGUGCGAUGACGAAGUGCAGAUGAAUCGUCUAAUGUUACGAGACGGUUUAAGUAGAGAAGACGCUGCCGCUCGUAUCGCUUCUCAAAUGCCUAUAAAAAAGAAGAUGGAACUAGCCACGCAUCUCAUAGAUAAUAAUGGGUCAAAGGAAGAGCUGGAGCAAAAGAUGGACUCCGAUGCUCGUCCGAGCUACUGUAUAUUCGCUUCUCAUGGCGCUUUCAUGCGUAUUGUUGAAGUAUACGAUUACGGUAAUAAGUAG